UUUUUGCCCAAGGGCCCUUGUACAUAUUAAGCGGGCCCUGGUGAAGCCGGUGGAUCUGGUGAGCUUCUACUACUGAUGUGCUCUCCCUUUCUUUUCGUGUUUUGGAUCUGGUUGCCUUUCUCCGUGCGUUUUAGCCGUGGUUCAUGUCUUGCUCCUUGCUUCUUCUCGUGUAGAUCGGCUGGUUGAUGGAAUUUCUAGAAUCUGGCACUUCGUUGCCCGGUCUAGUAGCUGAUAAGGUUAGGUCUAAUGUUCAGUCUUACCGAUGCCUCAAGUAAAGCAGAUGUGUAAAAUGUGUUGAUCAGCUUUUUCUCAUUUGGUUCAGAGAUGAUGAGUUUCUGGUGUGUAUAUAUAAGGAAAAUAAAAGAUCAGAGAACUGUAAACUACCGCAUGAAAAAUGAAGAAACAGAUCAGCCAUGGAUAUGGUUUUCCUAUAAUUAGAUUUCUUACACGGAAAGGCAAACGAUUCUGUACCUCAGAAAGAUUUUAAAAGAAGAAUGGCAAUAGAAUAUUCUACCGCGUCUGGAAGAUUUCAAAGACAAUCAAUCAUAAACAUCUGUUUUCCUUUUUCUUUUCAUUCAGUUUUUCCAUUAUAAAUCUGCAUCGUGGGUCAGACCAGACCCUCUAAACAAAAACAUCAACUCAUAGAAGAAAAAAAGACUUUGUGUUUUUUUGUUGUUGUUGUCCGAGAGAUUAAAGAUUGUAACUCGGUUGAUCGAAAAUGGCAUCAAACGACGCUGGAAGGCCGUUACCAAAAUUUGGGGAUUGGGAUGUGAAUGAUCCGGCGACAGCGGAUGGAUACACGGUGAUAUUCAGCAAAGCCGGUGAAGAUAAGAAGACAGGAAGGAGUUCGACGAAGACUAAUUCUCAGAGGAAACAAGACGGUGAUAAACCAGCGGUCAAGAAAUGGCUCUGUUUCACCUUUUCUUGAUUUCUUUUUCUUGUGUACAUUGUGUCAUCCUAAGAAAGAAACUAGCUUUGAGCCUUUGACAACUUUUGUCCUAGAAGUUUUCUUAUGAUGAAUCAGUUCUGCAUGUGUAUAUUACAGAAUCAACAAAACUUUUAGCUCCAAAUUUCUAGCUGGAAAAUGGAAACACUUGGCGAAAUGAGAACGUUGAAACAUAAUAAUUGUUUUGAGGUAAUCCUGGGCGGAUGUAGGCUUGCGGGUACGGGGGCACGUGUCCCCUACUCUUUUUAUUUUUUUUCUAAACAACUUAAGUUAAUUUGAUUCAGUUGUUCUUAGUUUAUAGUAAAUAAACAAAAUUGUGCCCCCAAUUCAUAAUGUUUUUGUUUUGUUUUUAGUAUUUUGCCCCCAACUAUAAAUGGUUCUAGAUCCGCCAUCCAUCACCAAGCUCCUUCAACGUGUUUCUUUUUCAGAACUUCAGAUAUUAGACAAGAUUUGCUCUUCUUCAUUACAAAACCUUUUGUUUAAUCUUUCUUGAUUUGGCCUGCAGAUUUAUGAAUCAAUGCCUUGUGUAUGGUUUUAAACUUUUAAUGAGAAAAAACGAGAAGAUCAUUGAGUUAUUUUGAGAAGAUAAUUUUUUUUUGAAAUAAUAUAACUUGGAUACCACUUUUAAUAUUACCGUCGAUAUCAUAACAUUUGAGUUUAGAGUUUGCUGAUUAUUAUUUAGGGUUUGCCAUUU